AAAAUGGAUGGAGACAAUCAUACUGUUGUGUCAGAAUUUAUACUCUGGGGACUUGCCCAUUCAAAGAAUACUCAGGUCUUAUUAUUUGUGAUAUUUCUGAUGCUUUAUCUUCUCAUCAUGUCUGGAAAUAUUGUCAUCCUGACCUUAAUAACCACUGACCCCCAUCUGCAUUCUCCCAUGUACUUCUUGUUGGCCAACCUGUCCUUUAUUGAUAUGUGGCUCUCCACAAACACCACUCCUAAGAUGAUCAUAGAUUUUCUCAGGGAAAUCAAGAUCAUUUCCUUUGCAGGAUGCAUGUCCCAGGUCUUCUUUUCCCAUUGCAUUGCUGCAGGAGAAAUGGUGCUGUUGGUGGUAAUGGCUUAUGACCGCUAUGUGGCCAUCUGCAAGCCACUCCAUUACUUCACCAUCAUGAACCUUAGGAGAUGCACUGGUUUGGUGUUGACUUCCUGGACAAUUGGCUUUAUACAUGGUAUAAUUUACGUAGUAGUGAUUGUGCAUCUGCCUUUUUGUGGUCCCAAUGAAAUAGACAGUUUCUUCUGUGAUAUGCCACUGGUAAUAAAACUUGCAUGCAUGGAUUAUCACUAUUUAAAUACCUUAAUGAAUGCUGAUUGUGGACUUGUGGCUAUAACUUGCUUUAUUCUGUUGCUUACUUCCUACACAUAUAUUCUUAUGACUGUACGUCAGAGCUCUAAAGCUGGUGCAUCUAAGGCAAUGAACACGUGCACUGCCCACAUUACAGUCGUGCUGAUCUUUUUUGUGCCUUGCAUCUUCAUUUAUGUGUGGCCUCUCAAUAUCACAUGGUUGGACAAAUUUUUUGCAGUGUUUUACUCUGUUUUUACACCCCUCCUAAAUCCAGCUAUAUAUACACUGAGAAAUAAAGAGAUGAAAAAUGCUAUGAAAAGGUUCAUAGGCAACUUUCUGGGUCCCAAAGUAAAUUCCUAA